GCGUAAGUAUGUUCAUCGCGCCGACGUUGUUGAUCUUCUGCCUCGUUCGUCACACUCCACGACCGUCUGCAACAACGGUAUUCGGUUCUACACUGCAACGAUGAGGAACGGAAACAAAGGCGAAGACCUUAGUCUCCUACGCCAUAUACCUGAUAUCUCCCUUUCACUAUCCAACGUAUCCUCCACCUUUGGCUCUGAAGGGGGAAUAGAACCCUCCUUCCAGAUUCCAUCUCGCUAUCAGAACGAUGACGAUGAAGAUCUACUGCUUCUCGAUAACGGUGGAGACUUUUUUCGAGGUGCGGAUGGGGAGGAAUAUAGUUUGUUGCACGCUACACCUGCACCACCACGGCAACGGUUUAAGCAGCAUCUUACACCCAAAACGAAGACGAAGACCAAUCAUAGCUACACGGAUACGGAUACGCAUGCGUCAGCAUCAGCAUCAGCUACCGUUCUUGUAGAUUCCCCGAGGAAGAAUAUCUCACCUUUACCCGGCGGACAGGAUGGGGAGAAGAAGAACAAACGCAAGCUUGUAGCUGCAGACGAUACUACAUACUCUACCCCCAAGAGACUCGCAACUCUCAAAUCCGAUCUUGGGAGUUUUUCUUCUGACCUAGAGAGGACAGAGAUGGAGAUAGAGAUGACGAUGAGGAGUAGAACGCGGACGAGGAUGCGAGUAGUUGAAACUGAAACUGGUCCACAGAACUAUACAACGGGCUCUUCUCCGCCAGAACCUUUACCUACUGAAACAUCGACUCCUGAAGUAAAGGUUGUCGAAACAGUCGAAGAUAUAGUUGUGGAAAAAGAACCGCAAGAGGCUGGAAUGAAGACCACCUCUGAAUCUACUGUCGACUCGACAACGACUAUGAGCUCGUGCCUCGAUGGUGUAGCCGGGCGAUUAAUGAUUUACAGUCGAGAACUCAAGUCACAUAGCAGUCAACCGAAGGGAAUGACGAAACCCUCUACAGAAGCCAAGAAUCCAAGACAGAAAGACCAAGACCAGAACGAUGGAAAGUUUCCGAAUCCCAAGGGCACGAAGAACGUACAGCACGAGCCUGAGCUUGAGUUACAACGACAACCGCAGUCGUCGACAGCGUUGAAAACGAUGAGGCGUCCUCCCACUUCCGUUUUAAAACCUUCAGUAGCGCUUACGAGAGCGACUGCUAUUAACAACAACACUCGUCCUACGACGAACAUCUCGCGAGCCAACACUACGUCCGUUGCACGCCCUAUUAUUGCUUCUGCAGCUAUCACUGACGGAUCUACGACCUCACCGUCCGAUUCUCCCCAGACAGGCGAAGCGAACCUGUCUGGAGGACAUUUGGAAGCGCCAUCGUCAUCGUGGUCGCUACCUUCGACGACGCUGCCGAGCCCUCCUACUCACUCUCCCUCACGAACAGACUCGAAUCCUUACUCCUCUUCCCCCGCACCUAACGACUCGACAUCUGCCCCGGCGAUGGCGGUGGAUGUUUCUAAUAAUGAGUCGCAGGAAGGAGAAAGUUCAUUGACGGCAUCGCAACCGCAACCGCAACCAGAGACAUCUGUAUCCUCUUUCAAGUCUAACUCCAGGGAGUAUACUACUAUGCACCCACAAGGCCCUUCGGAGGAUAAAACAAGAACCAAGGAACCUCGUGGUUUGCGACGGGAAGUGAGGGAGGAUAGAGAUGGUGGAGGCGAAAGAGCUGGAUUAGUGAAAGGGAAGGAGACAGGGAGAGAGAAGGGAGAGAAGCAGAGGGGAAGGGAACAGCAGCAGCAGCGGCCAGUGGUGAAGAACCCUCAUGCUCGUGUGCAGGUGUUACCAGCGAAUAUAGCUAAACGUGCUAUUCCGACGGAGAAACAGAAACCUUUGGAAGGUUUAGGCUCGAAGAACGACAUCAAGAAAAAGCAGCCGUCAUCCUCGUUAUCUUUGGAUGCGAAACCAUCAGGGACAGGGACUGCUCUCGUUUCUUCCUCCUCUACCUCGACUUCUACUUCUCUCGCCACCACCACCGACCUCGAUGCGAACCUCGGUAUUCUGGAUACUCCGGAACCCUCUCCCAUUGCUGGGGAUGGGGUAAAAUCCACAUCCACGUCUGGUGCUGGCGCAACUUCAGUGGCGUGCGUUUCCUCAAGUAAUACCGACACUCAAGUUUCGCAUCAUUCGUUGAAUGGACCCGUGGAAGGCGAUGAAAACCCGUUAACGGUAUCUCAACUCCAACCAUCGCCUGGAAAGCGCAGCUCAAGUCCGAGUCCUUCCACAUCCGGAUCGCAUCUGCAUGACGUCCAUCCCUCCGGUAGAACCGAAGGUCGAGUUCAAGGUCAAGGAAAUGCAAACUCUCGGUCUGUGGCGAGCUCGAGUUGUUCUUCGUCAGUUGGGAAGAAGAGAGGGAGUCUUGGUGGAGGCGAAGAGGGGCCGAGGAAAAAACCUCGUACGAGGUUGGUUGUUGGCCGUGGAUGUGCACCACCACCACCUCCACAUGCACAUACACGUAUAACGAGGAGAGUGUCUGCUGUUCGUGCUCGUGGGCCGGAGAAGCCGAAACAGAAAGGCGUGGUAGGACCAGUGAAGGCAGGUCCGAAGGUGUCUUCAAAGCCGGAAUGGGAUGAUGAAAAGAAUAACGCUACGAGCGUGAAUAGCUCGUCUGGAUCUGGGUCUGGUUCCGCGAAGCCGAACACGAACACGAAACCGUUCGAGUUUAGAUUUCGAACGGAUAUGAGGGUUGCUGAACGGCAACGGCAACAACAACGGUCUAUUUCGUCGUCUGCAUCUGCAUCUGCGUCCGCUGGUAGCAGCGUCAACGCCAAAGUCCCCUCCGGAUUCUCCUCCUCCGUUCACCCGAUUCCAGAUUUUAAAUCCAGCCAUGCACAACUAGACAGUGCGCUGGCGUUGCGUAGAUCUCAGGUUACGCCUGUUAUACCUAUUUCGAUGGGAAUGCAUACCGAGGUUCGGGCUCAACAGAGAGCGGAGUUUGAUCUUGUACUUCGAGAGAAGGAGAGGCAGAGGGAGGAGAUGGAAGAGGCGCGGAGGAAGGAGGAGAGGGAGGAAGAGGAGAGGGAGGUUAGGGAGAUACGGAGGAGGAUUGAUGAGGUGAAUAAAGCUAGGGCUAGGCCUGUGCCGGAGUGGUAUUAUCAGGAGGGGGAGAGGGGGAAGGAGAAGUAGGGUUCAUCAUAACGC